UCGCUGCACUUCCAACAGGACAGAUCGAAAUUCUGGGCGCGGUAUGUGGAUGACAUCUUCGUCUUCGUCGAACGGGAUCAGAUGCUCAUGUUCAAGAAACGCCUCAACAGUGUCUUUCCGGACAGCGCAUUUACAAUGAUGGAGGAAGAGAACAACCAGCUGGCCAUCCCCGCUAUCUUUCUUUGUCACAAAGAAUGUGUGAGCAGGGACUGGAAGGCGCCCUAG